AUGACGACCGGAGCAGGCUGGGCGCAGUUGCGUCAACAGCUGAGGACUCUUGAGAGUCAGACCGAGGCGUUAUUCCACACAUACUCGCAAUACUCUUCGACGCCGAACCUACCUCCCAAACCGUCCGACGAAGAACGAAGAAACGAGGCCGACAUCGAGGAUUUACUACAGAAGCGCGAUGGCUUGAUAUCGCAACUUUCGCGACUCCUGGACUCCGAGAGCGCUUUAAAUACUUCCACUUUAAAACAGAACAACCUUACCCGCCAUCGCGAACUGUUGAGCGAGCAUCGCCAGGAAUUACGGCGCCUCAAAUCCUCCAUUUCCGAGGCACGCGACCGGCAACAUCUGCUGGCCAAUGUGCGGUCUGACAUUGAUGCAUUUCGAAGUUCGAAUCCUGCCGAGGCGGAAGCCGAAUACAUGCUGCAGGAACGCGCUCGGCUCGAUCAGAGCCACAGUACGAUUGAUGGCGUGCUGGCGCAGGCGUAUGCGAUCAAUGAGAACUUCGGCAUCCAGAGAGAAACACUGUCCAGCAUCAACCGGAGGAUUACAUCCGCAGCGGCACAAAUACCUGGUGUUAACGGGCUGAUCUCAAGAAUCGGAUCGAAAAGACGACGCGAUGGGAUCAUCCUGGGGUCUUUUAUCGCCUUUUGUUUUCUUGUGCUGCUUUACUUCAGCUGA